AUAACAAACGAUUUCAUCAGACGCGUUUUAGUACAAGCAUUGGUACUAAAACGCCACUGUUCUAAAAACAGCUGACAGCAUCCGCCACGGUUUGUUUAUAAAACUGACUGAUGAAGUACAACACAUCACAAAAAAGUACCGCUACACGCACAGGUGCCCGAUUAUUCCGAUUCGCAUCGUUUUACAAAGCACUGCCCCUAAAACAACAGCUGUGAUACAUCGCUAGUGUUCCAACGUGUUUUGCUGCAUUUUAUUGUUUAUUUUCUCUUUACGGACGAUCAUUCGAGAAGGAGUCGGCAUUAGCGACACGAAAAGAUGAGAAAAUUACGCGGUGGACAAGCGAAAGAAACGCGCAAACAGCGCCAGGAGCGAAAGGAGGAAAAUUUGAAAAUUCAGCAACAGAUGAAAACGAUAGUAUUCCCUACGAUAGGAGUGAUUUUUGUGUGCAUAGUGGUGUACGUAUUUUUGAAAACUCGCCCACGAUACGAAGAGCUUUAGUGUGGGGGAGCGACAAUGAUGGGGGGACAGGGAAUGUCCUCGUAUAUAUUUUUUUUAAAUUUGUUUAUUCGUGAUGUGGAACAAACCGGGACUAUCUGUCUGUGUGGUGUGUACCCGACGAAAGGUCCAGCUUAUUACGUUGCAAUAUUUUUUUAAAUAACCGUUUGAUCGCACAAAAGGAUUAUAUUUACAGUUUAUUGUGAAUAUAUAUAUAAGAACGGUCUAUAUUUACACGCUAA